AUGUAUUCGACUGCACUUUCCGGUGUGCAGGGAUUGCUACCGCCAGACACCGACUGGGUGUAUGCCAAGAAGCGGGAGGCGCAGGAGAUCAUUCCUGGACUCUGGCUGGGGCCCUUUGGUUCUGCUCGAGACCAGGAGUUCUUGAAGCGAGUAAACAUAACGGAUGCCCUGGUCGUCCGAGCACCGGAGGAAGCCAGACGCAUGGUUGCAGAUUUGGGAAUCAUAUGUCCGAAGUAUCCGGAAUUCAUCCACUACGAGGUGCUUCGUUCUUGUGACAGCCCUUUCGAGAACAUCAUUCGAUUCUUUGCAGAUGUCAAGCUGCUUCUAGAUGCGGUCUUGGCCAGAGGUGGUCGAAUUCUUGUUCAUGGAAAUGCAGGCAUGUCCCGUUCUGCUGCACUAGUGGUCGCGUAUGUGAUGGAGAAGUUCAACCUUCCUUCCGAUCAGGCGCACACGUAUGUGCUCACUCGGCGCCACUGCAUCUCCAUCAACGAGGGUUUCCGGAACCAAAUCCGGGAGUAUGAGAUGCUUCACAGAGUUCAGCUCCAGGUCAACAGCGGCAUGCUCCAGCCUGAGGCAUUCCAAGCCCAACCGCACGGCCAGAAGAGGCCAGCCCAGUCCUUGUGUGUAGGGCCCGUCUUCAUGGGUCAAGGUACGGAUGCUAAGCUAAUGGUCACAGUCAGCUGGAUCAGCCCAGCUUCGUAG